AUAUGAACUAUAAAAGCUCUACGAUUUUCAAGCGGUCCAAUCAGUUGAUUUGAACUGCUCGAUACGGCUACCAAAUAGUUGCAAGGAUUUCUUGAGAACCAUGAGGUUCUGUUACUACGUAAUUCUGUUUCUUAUCUCAUCAGCGUCAUGUGCCAGUGCGAUGAUAAAAUGUGGUUGCGAACCUGGACCUCGCGGGGAAGAAGGUCGCAAAGGUGACAACGGGUAUCCAGGGAGGCCUGGAGAUCGGGGUAGACCAGGCCCAGCAGGGUAUCCCGGGCCAGCUGGUCCUAAAGGAAGUGAAGGCCCUCCUGGUCAUGGCAGGCCAGGUCUACCAGGUAUUCCCGGUCGACGGGGUAAUCCUGGACCAGAAGGACCUCCAGGUCCAAUGGGGGAAAUAGGUCCACGAGGACCGCCUGGUCGUCCGUCACGUGACGGUAUUCCUGGAAGACCGGGUAUUCGAGGAUUGCCUGGUUAUCCUGGGUUACCUGGAAAUCCUGGACUACCAGGACGAAAAGGGGAACCUGGCAGGUGCUACUGCCCACACCCGGGACCACCAUUUUCCCCAGGUCCACCGUUCCAGCCAGGCCCACCGUUCCAGCCAGGGCCACCGUUCCAACCAGGUCCACCGUUCCAGCCAGGCCCGCCGUUUCAACCAGGUCCGCCAUUCCAACCAGGCCCACCAUUCCAGCCAGGCCCGCCAUUUCAACCAGGCCCACCAUUCCAGCCAGGUCCGCCGUUUCAACCAGGUCCACCAUUCCAGCCAGGCCCACCACCCCCGCCUGGCCCACCAUUUCCGCCACGUCGAUCUUUUCAAGGUACUGAUGAAUUUCAAGAAUUCGAUGAGAACUACUAUGAAGAUGGGAUUAACUACGAUGCUAAAUUUGAAGAAGAUGAAUCCGAUGCGAACAAUGUGGAUGAUAAUGACUUAAGUGAAGAAAGCGCAAAGCAGCUGGAUAAAAGUAAAAAUGAGACCAGUGGGCGUUCGGUAAACCUUCAGAAUCGAGGAUAUCGCAUCCGUGCUAGGAAACCAUUAGCAACUGCAAAAUUUGAAAACCACCUCAUAGAUUCCAACAUUAUUGCUGACGCCUUCCCGACGUGGGAUGGUACGUACGGACCCACUUUGACAGAAGGCCAAGGAAAUGAUAUUGAAGCGAAUGAGUUCCGGAGUUUAUCACAAAGUGAUGCAUAUGUCCUGAGCAGUAUUCUUGCCGAGAUUCGAUACGACAUUGCACAAUUACAGAAAUUGUAUUCGGAACAAUUAUCACGGCGGUUUACUUUAAUGGUUCCACAAGAAAAAUCUUCGGAGUAUAAAAGCCUCGAUUUGGAAAUGAUGACGCUAGACGUCAUGUUCGAUUUCAAUGUUCGGGAGAGUGCACUAGUUCUUCCUAUAUCGGAAGCAGUUGUACAAUGUCGUUGUGAACCAGGACCACCAGGACCACCGGGACCACCUGGUGAACCGGGACGAGCAGGACCACAAGGUUCAGAGGGUAGACGAGGCCCUCCAGGUUCACGAGGAUUACCCGGUUGGAAGGGUGACAAAGGUAACGCUGGCAGUGGAGAAGGAGGUGGCUUACCAGGUCCCAAAGGUGAUCCGGGAACUCCAGGACAAAAAGGAUCUAAAGGCGAUCUUGGUUCACGAGGUGCAACUGGUCCUGCUGGUCCACGGGGUCCACCAGGCUCAAACGGACGAGAUGGUACACCUGGAACUGAUGGAGCAACAGGUGCUAAAGGCGAUACAGGACAAAAAGGCGAAGUCGGGGCUCAAGGUAUUACCGGUGAUAAAGGUGAUACUGGUGAUACUGGCGAAAAAGGCGAAAAAGGAGAUACCGGUGAUACAGGAGAGAAAGGUGAAGAGGGAGACAAAGGUGACGAGGGAGACGCCGGUGCAGAUGGAACAGAUGGAACAGACUGCGAAUGUCCUUCAAGAUGGCUUCCUAAUUACGGAAAUUCACCACCAUUUACUCCUGCCCAAGGAUUCUCGCCCGCUUUACAAGGCUAUCCCUUCCUUCACGGUGAUAAUACUUUCCAAUAUCCAAAUCCACUUGUCUUCCGGCCGCAAAUCAAAGAUGUUGUAGACAAUGAUGGCUCCAAGUUUGCUGCAUUAACUCCUCCUCCAAUUAGAGAAAAAGUAGAAUCUGCUACUGCGCCACCUAGGAUUACUACGACAGCCCCAUCUUCUAUUUCAAAUGAAAUAUCCGUAGAGGACAUUUAUAAUAUUCAACUAGCUCUUGCUGAAAUACGAAAGAAUCUGGAUGAAUUGCAGAGUUCAAGACGACGGCCAAGUUUUCGACGGAAUGGUAAACAGUACAACAACGAAGAAGUAAAACAUUAUGUGCCAGAGUUGGUCAUAGUAGAUAGUAGCGGAACUUCUGCCUUAUACCUACCUAAAUGUUGCUCAGCACGUUUAGUGCUAGAGUGCUCCUUGAACCUGAGCUCAAAAGUAAGUCAAUAUCGUGGUUUUACAAUCGCAUCCAAUCUUUUUAAAUAUCGUGUUUCAUUUCAAGUGAAUUGGUUGCACCUUAUUGUAUCCCUUUCAGAAGUUCUCUCCUUGAAAAUGAAAAUUCUGUAUGUAAGUGAGUUAUCGUGCGCCUUACUUUUUUCAUUUGUAUUAGUUCUUCCUAUAUCGGAAGCUGUUCUACAAUGUCGAUGUGAACCGGGACCUCCAGGACCACCAGGACCGCCUGGCGAACCCGGCAGAGCAGGGCCACAAGGUCCAGAUGGCAGACGAGGCCCUCCAGGUUCACGAGGAUUACCCGGUUUCAAAGGUGACAAAGGUAACGCUGGCAGUGGAGAAGGUCCCAAAGGUGAUCCGGGAACUCCAGGACAAAAAGGAACUAAAGGAGAUCUUGGCCCACCAGGCACAACUGGUCCUGCUGGUCCACGAGGUCCAGCUGGUUCAGAUGGACGGGAUGGUACACCUGGAACUGAUGGAGCAACAGGUGCAAAAGGCGACAAAGGACAAAAAGGAGAAGUCGGACUUCAAGGUAAUACCGGAGAUAAAGGUGAUACCGGCGAUACUGGCGAAAAAGGUGAAAAAGGAGCUAACGGUGAUAAAGGAGAGAAAGGCGAAAAAGGAGACCAAGGUGAUACUGGAGACGCCGGUGCAGAUGGAACAGAUGGAACAAACUGCGAGUGUUCUCCAAGGGGGCUUCCUAUUUACGGAAACAUACCACCGUUUACUACUACCCAAGGAUUCUCACCCGCUUUACAAGGGUAUCCCUUCCCUUACGAAGAUAAUGCUCUCCAACAUCAAAUUCCACUUACCUUCCGACCGCAAAUCAAAGAUGUUAUAACUGAUGAUAUUUCCAAAUUCUCUCGACCUCCAACUCGAGAAAAAGUCAAACCUACUAGUAUGGCAAGUGCACCUGCUAUCUCAAAUCAAAUAUCCCUAGAAGAUAUUUAUAAUAUUCAAAUUGCUGUUGCUGAAAUACGAAAGAAUCUUGAAGAUUUGCAGAGUUCUAGACGACGGCCAAACAUUCGACGAAAUGGCAAGCGGUAAUAUUUGUGGUAUUAUAAUCAUCAGGUAAAGUAGAUUCAAGUUGUCAAAAUUGCUUUUGAAAAUAAUAUGGACAGAAAUAAUACAAUGUAAUAUAAACUGGCUUAAAAAAUAAAUGAGUUUGUAGUUGG